AUGUUAGAAACGAAUUUAAUUGAAAAUUACCAUUUUGAUAACUUAAUUCAUAACAAUUUUGAUAAUAAACGUAAAAAAGAAAAAGUUAUAAUGCCUAUAAUUGAAAAUAAAAAAAUUUUAAUUGAAUUAAAAAAUUCAUUCAAUGAUGAAAACCUUAAUUGUAAAAUAAAUUUCAAUGAUACUAAAGAGACAUACUAUGACCAUUCUGAUGAAGUUUCAGAAACAAAUGAUAAAAUAAAGACAAAUGUCUCUAUCUCUUCAGAUAUACAAGGAGAUGGUUUAUUAGGAAAUAUAGAUAAUUAUUUUGAAAAGAAAAAUGGAAAUUCCGAAUAUAAAGAAAUAAAAAGUUCUAGUUUUAGAAAAAAAAUAUAUAAAAUUUUCUUUAUUCGCUUAUUAUAUGCUUUUAUAUAUGGUAUUAUUGGAGUAUAUAUUCAAUGUUAUUCUAUAAUAUUAAGUGAUUCAUAUUAUAAUACUGGUGAUGAACCAUUGAAAGAUAGAAUUCAUGAAUUAAUUAAAAAAAUACCAUCAUUUAUGGAUGCAGGAUUUAUUAAUGGGAACAUAAUGAUUUUUUUUAUUAUUACUAUUUUAAGAUUUGGGUUGUUUUUUCCUUUUUUAUUAUCAUUAACAAUAUUAAUUAGAUUGAUUUUCAUGCUUUCUACUAUUUAUUAUGUAAGAUCUUUAUUUAUUUAUGUAACUACUUUACCAUGUCCCAUACCUACAUGUCAACCAUUAAAAAAUAAAGGAUUUCUUGAUAAUAUAUAUUCUUCACAUCUUAUAAUUUUUGCUCAAGUGUACGAAUGUACAGACCUAAUUAUAUCUGGUCAUACUGCUUUUACUACAUUAUUAAAAUACUUAUGGCUUUUUUACGAAAAGAAUAUUUAUAUAAAGAUUUGUAUAUGUUUUUAUAGUUUAUUUAUCUUCUCAAUAAUAAUAAUAUCAAGAUUCCAUUAUACUGUUGAUGUAUUAAUGGGAUAUGCAUUUGGAGCAUCUAUUUUUAUUUUUUAUCAUUGCCUUCUUGAUAUUGCUGCAAAAAGAUAUGCAAUUAAUAAAUCCUUUUAUGUUAAUUACUGUGGCUAUUCAAGAUCAUUCACAGAAAGAUGUAAUUUGUUUCAUUAUUUAAUUCCAUUAAUUGGCUAUAUUGAGGCUUUAGAUUAUAGAUUAAAUAUCUCAACUUCCUAUGAUAAAGAAUGGAGUUCUUUUUGUCCUUGUAAACCAGUGAAUUCAAAAAGUCUUAUAAAUAAAAAAAAAAAUAUUCGUAAUGAAGACUAUUAUGAUUUUAGUGACCAUUUUUAUCAUUCAUAUGCUGGAAAUGGUGCAUUUAGUUUAUCAUCAAUAUAUAAUUUACUGAAUAAAUGUAAAAAUAUAUACAGAAUAAAAAAUAAAAAUUAA